GCAAUAAAUUAAUUUGUAGAAACUCCGGGAACGCUACGGUUGGACAUCCAUUUAUACAUCGUUAGCUGUCUAGCUUUUUGUUAGUAUUUUGCUUGUUCUUCUUUAGCUGUGUUUUCUUUCUAGAGUGUUUGCUGAAAUGGAUCUUAUAAGAGAUGAAGGAGUGCAUGAGCUGAAGUACAAACCGGGGGGCCGUCUGGACAUGAGCCACGGUUUCCUUCAUCAUAUUCGGAGGAACCAGAUUGCCAGAGAUGACUAUGAUAAAGAAGUGAAGCAAGCCAAAGAGCUUCAGCGGCACAGGCGCACCACAACCCCCAAAAAGCCUCGGCGACCUGACAUCCAGGUGUACCAUCCUCGACGGAGACAUAGUUCAGAGCCAGGAACCGCCGCUGAUGCUGACGAGUGGAAUGAGAGUGGGUCGGGCACAGACACUGAAACUCAUGGAACCGAACUCUUCUGGCUUGAUUAUCAGGCGGACUCCGGUGUCAUUACAUCUUUCCUUGUGCACAAGGAGGAUAAACCCAAGAAUGUGGUUGACCGUGUUGCAGAGAGGAACAUCCUGGAUUCAGCCAUGCGGGCAGCUCUAGAAAGUCGAAUUCAAAGGGAAAUUGACAAACGACAAGACAAACAAUGACUUGUUUUUAGACUGUAGGUUAUGAUGAAAUAGAGACUACGGUACACGGAGAAGAGCACUGCUGCAUUUGUCGUUCGGUUCUUUUUUCAAAGCUUUAAAAACGGCACUGGAUUGUCAUCACAACAUGACCGUUGACCACGAACUACAAUCAAGCCAUUUUUGUUUGUUUUUUUCUGAAACAGGAAGACACAGCACAAAAACCACUGUGAUGUUUACAUCUGUGUUUUUCUUUUUACUCUGUACUGUUCAGUUUUAUCACUCCACCACACCUGAGGAACACUGUCUAUGUUGAUAUGAACUGGAAUUUUUAUAAUCCGGCUGUUUCUUCAAAUUAGUUGAAUACAAAAGCAGCUUUCGACAGAAAACCGGUCCUUGUUUUGUUUUUUAACAAGUUUUUUGUACGUUUGGCCAAUAAAGCAUCGGUUUAUACUAGAGACCUGUACAGAAAAAUCACAACAUGCAUAUGCUGUAACUGUAGUCAUCAGUGUUAUAAUUUAUUUGAUUUGUUCAGAGACUUUAUUUUUGAUAGGGUCACUUUUUUAUCAAGGGAACUUGGAAUAGUUACAUAAAAGCCAUUUAAAGUUAUUAAUGUUAUUUAAUUUUUUUGUGUGGACUUGCAAUGGAGGGAUUGAUUGGCUCUGAAUUGGGAACUCGUUUUUUCUUAAUCUAUUGAUGUUGAAUACAUCUUAUAUCUCAAGAAAAAUUGCAGAUUUAGAUGACCACAUUCUAAAGUUUGCAUUUGUGUUAAAAUCUAAAAGUGUAGUUUUUUUUCAAUGCUAUCAUCUCCCCAGCAGGGGGCAACAUCUAACAUCUUCUGAUUCUGAAUUCUUCCUUCCGAUCUUAUCUGUCUGAUUCCAUGUCUACUGUGGCUUGUUGUUAUCAACCAUUAAUGCCCUUUUUUUUCAAAUGUAAAAAAGUAAUGGGAGUUAUAACUCUCAUUACUUUUUUACAUUACUUCAGUAACUGAACAUGAACUGUUCAACACAGGAUAGUUUCUAUCAACACAUCUUUAUUGUAAUUCAAUCUGUGUUUUUGUCAAUGUGUAAGCCUUUUUUAUUAAAGAAAAAUAGAGAUUAGUGCUGACUGGAA